AUGAUUAUUAAGAAAAAAUUAUUGGCCAUUGCAAAUAAAAUAUAUACUGUUAAUCCAGAAUCGGGCUUUUACGAAAUUUACAACACAGAAAACUGGUCUUCAACAACUGCUGCUGCAAUGAUAACUCUCACAAAUAAAAUUUAUUUAACUACAUCGUAUGGCAAUCUUUGGGAAAUCUCAUUAAAUGACGAUGGUGCCGUAAGAAGAGUUGGUGAUGGUGGUUGGAAUGAAUGCAAAGCAUUAAUUCAAGUUAAAUAUUUAGAAACUUUAGAAAAUAAAUUAUUUUCAUUUUGCGGGAAACUUUGGUUGAUUGAUCAAAAGGUUGGCAGUUAUAUAGAUUUUUCUGAUGGAUCCAGUGAUGAUUGGUCAGGAGUAAAUGCUGCUACCAGCAUUGACGAUAAAAUCUAUUGUACUACUUCAAAUAAUUUAUGGUGCAUUAAUACCUCAAGAAAUUAUAAACCUGAAAAAGUAGGCAAUGACGAUAAUUGGUCAAAUUGUAAAGCAUUGGUUAAUGUAAAAGGCAUGUUGUUGGCAUUUUGUGAAUCGUUGUGGGAAGUUGAUUUGGAUAAUGGAGAAUAUAGGUUGUUUUUUGAUAAAGGAAAGGAAAGUAAUGAUGAUAAUUCAAAAAGAACCUGGUUUGAUGUUAAAUCUACUGCUGUGAUUGAUACAAAGGUUUAUUUGGUUUCUGGCAGUCAAUUAUUGGAAUUGGAUACCAUUAAAAAAGAAGUUAGAGAAGUUAGUAAUGAGGAUUGGAGUACAACUAGAGCUUUAAUUGCUGUUAAUAUUUAA